UCCUCCUGCUCAUCCUUCUACCUCGUCGUGGUCAGUCUCGCUACACGACGAACGGACGGGGAGACUCACGGGGGGACGACGACGACCACGAACGAGGUCGACCAUCAGCCCUCUGGGUGGACGAGGGAACGAAAGGAGAGAGGACGAGCCGUAGCGAUGAGCGUGCGGAGGGACGGCGCGGGGCCGGACUCGACGGCGUCGCUGCUGCUGCGCGAGUCCCAAGCGCGCGACGACCUGGAGCGCCAGCUGCUGUGCCCCAUCUGCCUGGAGAUGUUCUCCAAGCCUGUGGUCAUCCUGCCCUGCCAGCACAACCUGUGCCGCAAGUGCGCCAACGACGUGUUCCAGUCUCGUGGGGGGGGGCCCUCAAUCGGCGGGGGGGGCCGCUUCCGCUGCCCGUCGUGCCGCCACGAGGUGUUGCUGGACCGCCACGGCGUCUACGGCCUCCAGCGGAACCUCCUCGUCGAGAACAUCAUCGACAUCUACAAGCAGCAGCAACAGCAGCAGCAGCCCUCGCGGGGAGCAGCAGCAGCAGCGGGUCCCGGCGGCCGCAAGGUCGAUGAGCCGCACUGCACGGAGCACGAGGAGGAGCGCGUGAACAUCUACUGCUCCUCGUGCCGCACGCCCACCUGCUCCCUGUGCAAGGUGUUCGGCUCCCACCAGCACUGCCAGGUGGCGCCACUCGGCGUCGUCUACGAACAGCACAAGGGUGAGCUGAGUGAUGGGCUGGCGGAGGUGGUGGGGAGUAGCGAGCGACUGCAGGAAGUCAUGGAGCUGGAGGGAACGCUGCUCUCUCUCGACGAGAGCUCGAAGCUUCAGCAGCGCAUGAUCGGGGAGGCCUUCGAGGCGCUGUCCCAGGUGCUGGAGGGCCGCAAGCGGGCCCUGACGGCCGCCGUGCAGGCCCAGCAGGAGGUGCGGGCGCGCGCCAUCCGUGCGCGGGUGGCGCGGCUCACCCAGCGCGUCGACGACGCCUCCAAGCUGGUGGAGGCGGCGCUGCAGCUGCUCGAAGAGCCGGGCGCCGCCAAGUUCCUCCAGAGUGCCACGGGCCUCAUCGUAAGGAUGUCCGAAGUGGCCACCGCCGUGGACGCCCUCCCCGCGGGGUCGGGGGUCGAUGACCUCGGCAAGUUCCGCGUCGACUUCUCCCGCGAGGCCGACAUCCUGCGGAGACUCGACUUCGUGCCGGACGAGGUGACGGCGGUGGAGGAGAAAGUGGAGGAGCCGAGUGGUGAGGUCAAGGAGACGGCAGAAGUAGCGUCGGCGGCGGCGGUGGCGGCGACGGCAACAGCAGCAGCGGUGGCGGCGGCGGCGGCGACGACGACGACAGCGGCGACGGUGGCGGCGGCGACGACGACGACGACAGCGGCGACGGUGGCGGUGGCGGCGGCGGCGGCGGCGGGGGCUCAAGGCGAGGCCUCCGUUGGGCCGGGGGAGCCCCCGACAACGUUGGGGCCCGAGGAGGGGCCUCCACAGCCGGGACCCAGGGGCACCGACCCCGACCCGGGCUCGAACCCUAACGCCGCGGACUCCACGGCCAUCGAGUCGGCGCGGGGGGAGCGGAGCAGGGAGCCGGAGCUGCGGUCGUACAAGAUCCCCUCGGCGGGGGCAGGUCCACGGCAGGACCCCCCUCAGCCCGCCGCCACCCCCGGUGGGGUACCAAGGGGACCCGGGGUCGUGCGGAGCGCGGCACGGGGGCCGCCGACGUCACCCUCUUUGUGGCCAGGAGGCGGGGGGGGCCCCCCACCCCGAGGCGGCCUGUCGAUGAAGGAGGAACGGAACGAUGCCGGGACAAUGAAUGGAGGAGUAGGAGGAGGAGGAGGGACCGGGACCGCGACCGCCACCUCCGCUGGUACCGGCGCCGCUUCUCGAUUGUCGGAAGGAGGUCGCGAGUCCCUCCGGGAGGAACGGAAAGACGCGGGAACCACGAACGGAGCAGGGGCCGGUGCCGGGAUCGGUUCUUGGUGGGCGGAAGAAGACCCCGAGUCGUCGGACGGGAACUCGACGUUCGUUUUCUCGUUCGCGUGGCUCAACUCGCAGCACAAGUAGCCCUGGAGGGAGCGGAGGGUGGGGGGGCUUGGUUAUGAGGUUGGUGCUGCAGCUGUGAUUGGGCAGGGUGAGGGAGUCUGGGUAUCUUGUGUGAGCCUAUGAAUCUGAGUAUAGGGUUCUGUGUGAGGAUGGGUCUCUGAGUGAGUCUAUGGGUCACGAGGCGAGAUGGUGGUGGGGACUGUCAGGUCGAGUCUGAGUGAGUCUAUGAGUCUGAAUGAGUGAGUCUAUGGGUGUGAAUGAGUGAGUUUGAGUCUGAAUGAGUGAGUCUGUGCGUCUGAAUGAGUGAGUCUGCAUCUGAAUGAGUGAGUCUAUGGGUGUGAAUGAAUGAGUCUAUGGGUCUAUGACUGAGUCUAUAGGGCUCUGUGAUUAUGGGUCUGAAUGAGUGAGUCUGUGAGUCUGAAUGAGUGAGUCUGUGAAUCUGAAUGAGUGAGUCUAUGGGACUGAAUGAGUGAGUCUGUGGGUCUGAAUGAGUGAGUCUGUGCGUCUGAAUGAGUGAGUCUAUCGGUCUGAAUGAGUGAGUCUAUGGGUCUGAAUGAGUGAGUCUGUGCGUCUGAAUGAAUAAGUCUAUCGGUUUGAAUGAGUGAGUCUAUGCAUCUGAAUGAGUGAGUCUAUGCGUCUAAAUGAGUGAGUCUAUGUGUCUGAAUGAGGGAGUCGAUGCGUCUGAAUGAGUGAGUCUAUGGGUCUGAAUGAGUGAGUCUGUGGGUCUGAAUGAGUGAGUCUAUGCGUCUGAAUGAGUGAGUCUGGGUCUGAAUGAGUGAGUCUAUGCGUCUGAAUGAGUGAGUCUGACCGUACUAUCCGCCAAGCGGUUUCUCCCACUACACAGAAGAAACAGCCACAUGAAACUCCGACCAAAACUAUCACGUUACCAUACAUAGCAGGCGUGACCAAAAAGAUCUCCAAAAUUCUUAACAAACAUAAGAUCCAAGUCCGAUUCAGUACAGUGCAUAAAAUCCGUGAUCUGAUUCCAUCUGUGAAGGAUGUCGUUCCUGACUUACAGUAUCCUGGAGUCUACAAAUUGAGUUGCAUUUGUGGUGAUUGCUACAUUGGUGAAACAAAACGUCAUGUGGCUGAUCGUGUCCGCGAGCACAAGUCAGAUCUGAAACACGGCAGAACUGAUUCUUCGGCCGUUGCCGAUCAUUGCUACAACUCGGCGGGCUCUCAUGAAAUUGUCUUUUCCGAGACCAAGGUUCUCUGCAAACCUCCUGGCUACCAUCAAAGGUUUGUACACGAAGCCAUACAAAUAUACAAACACAGACAUAAUUUCAACCGUGAUGAUGGGUACAAACUCAGUAAUCAUUGGAAAGAUGUUAUUAACCACGCAAAAAAGACUUAAUUACACUUUUUUGGACCAUCUUAUCUGACAGGCACUAUUUUAAUUAAUUUACUUCACCGAGUGUUAACAUCUCCACGUGCAGUCUUUUAUCACCGCUCAACCUCCGCCCCGACACGUUUCCAUUCAUUGUGUUGAGCACUGCGUGAUGUCUUUGAUCACCGCUCACCCUCCGUCCCGACACGUCUCCAUUCAUUGUGUUGAGUGCUGCGUGCAGUCUUUGAUCGCCGCACACCCUCCGUCCCGACACGUUUCCACUCAUUGUGUUGAGCACUGCGUGCAGUCUUUGAUCGCCGCUCCUCCUCCCUCCCGAUACGUUUCCAUUCAUUGUGUUGAGCACUGCGUGCAGUCUUUGAUCACCGCUCCUCCUCCCCCCCGAUACGUUUCCAUUCAUUGGCUACCACAGUCUGAUAAGCUCUCCAACCCCCCCCCUCUCCACCUCCCUUCAACUUGCUUAUAAGGGAUUACAUCUUGAAUAAUUGCUUCACUUGAUGCAGCUAAUUCGGCUGUGACGGUCCCACCUGAUGACGGAGACUUGUGUUGCCUCCGAAACGUCGUUAUUUUUAUUUUAUUUUUAUUUUGGAUGUUUUACUUACGUGACUUAACCGAAAAAACCUAAGAAUAUGAGUCUGGGUCUGAAUGAAUGAGUCUAUCGGUUUGAAUGAGUGAGUCUAUGCAUCUGAAUGAGUGAGUCUAUGAGUCUGAAUGAGUGAGUCUAUGGGUCUGAAUGAGUGAGUCUAUGGGUCUGAAUGAGUGAGUCUAUGGGUCUGAAUGAGUGAGUCUAUGCGUCUGAAUGAGUGAGUCUAUGAGUCUGAAUGAGUGAGUCUAUGGGUCUGAAUGAGUGAGUAUGGGUCUGAAUGAGUGAGUCUAUGAGUCUGAAUGAGUGAGUCUAUGGGUCUGAAUGAGUGAGUCUAUGCAUCUGAAUGAGUGAGUCUAUGGGUCUGAAUGAGUGAGUCUAUGGGUCUGAAUGAGUGAGUCUAUGGGUCUGAAGGAGUGAGUCUGUGCGUCUGAAUGAGUGAGUCUAUUGGUCUGAAUGAGUAAGUCUAUUGGUCUGAAUGAGUGAGUCUAUGAGUCUGAAUGAGUGAGUUUAUGGGUCUGAAUGAGUGAGUCUAUGGGUCUGAAUGAGUGAGUCUGUGCGUCUGAAUGAGUGAGUCUAUUGGUCUGAAUGAGUGAGUCUGUGAGUCUGAAUGAGUGAGUCUGUGGGUGUGAAUGAGUGAGUCUAUUGGUCUGAAUGAGUGAGUCUAUGCAUCUGAAUGAGUGAGUCUAUUGGUCUGAAUGAGUGAGUCUGUGAGUCUGAAUGAGUGAGUCUGUGCGUCUGAAUGAGUGAGUCUAUUGGUCUGAAUGAGUGAGUCUAUGCAUCUGAAUGAGUCUAUGGGUCUGAAUGAGUGAGUCUAUGGGUCUGAAUGAGUGAGAUUGUGGGUCUGAAUGAGUGAGUCUGUGGGUCUGAAUGAGUGAGUCUGUGGGUGUGAAUGAGUGAGUCUGUGGGUGUGAAUUGAGUGAGUCUGUGAGUCUGAAUGAGUGAGUCUGUGAGUCUGAAUGAGUGAGUCUGUGGGUCUGAAUUAGUGAGUCUAUGAGUCUGAAUGAGUGAGUCUAUGGGUCUGAAUGAGUGAGUCUUUGAGUCUGAAUGAGUGAGACUAUGGGUCUGAAUGAGUGAGUCUGUGGGUCUGAAUUAGUGAGUCUAUGAGUCUGAAUGAGUGAGUCUAUGGGUCUGAAUGAGUGAGUCUUUGAGUCUGAAUGAGUGAGACUAUGGGUCUGAAUGAGUGAGUCUAUGGGUCUGAAUGAGUGAGUCUGUGGGUCUGAAUGAGUGAGUCUAUGGGUCUGAAUGAGUGAGUCUAUGGGUCUAAAUGAGUGAGUCUAUGUGUCUGAAUGAGUGAGUCUAUGUGUCUGAAUGAGGGAGUCGAUGCGUCUGAAUGAGUGAGUCUAUGGGUCUGAAUGAGUAAGUCUAUGCGUCUGAAUGAGUGAGUCUAUGUGUCUGAAUGAGUGAGUCUAUGGGUCUGAAUGAGUGAGUCUGUGGGUCUGAAUGAGUGAGUCUGUGGGUCUGAAUGAGUGAGUCUAUGCGUCUGAAUGAGUGAGUCUAUGGGUCUGAAUGAGUGAGUCUGUGGGUCUGAAUGAGUGAGUCUAUGGGUCUGAAUGAGUGAGUCUAUGGGUCUAAAUGAGUGAGUCUAUGUGUCUGAAUGAGUGAGUCUAUGUGUCUGAAUGAGGGAGUCGAUGCGUCUGAAUGAGUGAGUCUAUGGGUCUGAAUGAGUGAGUCUAUGUGUCUGAAUGAGUGAGUCUAUGUGUCUGAAUGAGGGAGUCGAUGCGUCUGAAUGAGUGAGUCUAUGGGUCUGAAUGAGUAAGUCUAUGCGUCUGAAUGAGUGAGUCUAUGUGUCUGAAUGAGUGAGUCUAUGGGUCUGAAUUAGUGAGUCUGUGGGUCUG